AUACAUCAGACUUUGACUCGCUUCUAUCUCGCGCAAGCCGAGAAGAAAGGAGCCCGUCUACGCGAGAGAUGGGCGGCUACGAGAACGGCGAGUCGACGGCGGCCGCGGCGCUUGCUGACGGUGGUGUGAUUCUGGGCGUGGACGGCGGCACCACCAACACCGUUUGCGUCUGCCUGCCGGCUGCAAUGACGCCGCCGGAGUCUCCGGCCACCGUACCCGUGCUUGCACGCGCCGUCGCCGGCUGCUCAAACCGCAAUUCCGUCGGAGAAAAUGCUGCCUUGGAAACUCUCGAGCAGGUCAUGACACAGGCUCUAGCAUUGGCCAACACAGAUCGUUCAGCUGUCCGAGCAGUUUGUUUAGCCGUAUCAGGAGUGAACCAUCCUUCAGAUCAGCUGAGGAUGCUGGAAUGGAUCCGGGAUCUGUUCCCAGACAAUGCAAAAAAUUAUGUAGAAAAUGAUGCAGUGGCGGCCCUGGCUAGUGGUACAAUGGGAAAGCUGCAUGGUUGUGUGUUAAUUGCGGGCACUGGAUGCAUUGCUUAUGGAGUUACAGAAGAUGGAAAAGUAGCAAGAGCAGCUGGUGCUGGGCCUGUUUUGGGCGACUGGGGUAGUGGAUAUGGCAUUGCUGCACAGGCCCUGACAGCAGUUAUAAAAGCAUACGAUGGUCGUGGGCCACAAACUAGACUUACAAGAGAUAUCCUUGAGAAGCUUGAUCUUUCUUCACCAGAUGAAAUCAUAGGGUGGACAUAUGCGGAUCCAUCUUGGGCUCGUAUUGCAGCACUUGUACCAGUUGUGGUAUCUUCUGCUGAAGAUGGUGAUGAAGUAGCUAACAAAAUCUUGCAUGAUUCAGUCCAAGAGUUGGCUGACACUGUUAUAGCGGUUGUUCAGCGUCUUAGAUUGUGUGGCGAAGAUGGAAAGGACAUGUUUCCACUUGUUUUGGUUGGAGGGGUCCUUGAAGGAAAUAAAAAGUGGGAUAUCAGUGGUGAGGUCAUAAAAUGUAUUUCCAAGGUCUUCCCGGGCACUGAUCCUAUUUGGCCUGAGGUGGAACCAGCAAUCGGUGCUGCCUUGCUAGCCUGGAGCCAUCACCACAAAGGGUUGAAAUUGGAGAAUGGAAGUUGAUUCCCAGCAUUUAAGGGUGUCAAUUGUACAUUGAGGAGUUGGCGAGCCAAAGGGGUAUUGGUCCCAAUGAUACAUUCAUCGGCAUGAAGGCUUUUCGUUCCCAGCAAAAAGAAUAAAUCGUGGAUGGGUGCAAACAUGCGGUGUGGAUAGAACAUAUUUCUGAUGUAAGUAGGUAGUAAGAAUUGUUCAAAUAUUCCUCUGAUUCUAACUCUCGGUGAUUGUUGUAUGUGUUCUGUUUGUGUUUGGAGGUAGUAACAUGUAUCUGUCUACCAUGGAUAAUUGAUCGUCAAAUGUUCAGAUCUUUUUUUA